GUCACAUCUAGCAAAACUGCGUAUUUUCGCUGAGUGCUAAACAUUUGUUGAAUUAAGUGUUAAAAUACAUUUAAAACAUGUGUAAAACUAAUUAGCUAACAAUUGAAAUCAUAAAAUAAAGUGCUAAUUGUUUUAUGUGUGGAACUCUUGUGGUGCAGUGAAAUUAUCAUAAACACAAAUUGACAAGCAAAUCGCAAAUGUGGUGAAGAAUUCUAACGAAAACGACGAAUAUUCCGAGAAUACUUAUUAUCAUCAAUUAGACAUGGUAGUUCGCUUGACGAACCGCUCAUAGUUGGACCAUCAAACAGCAACCAUGGGUCAACAGGCUUCCAGAAAAAAUGCCACCCCCCCGAGCGGCGAGUGCGGCUGCGGCGCGUGGGAGCGGCGCCGCUACGCAGAGUCGCCCAGCAGCGUCCAGCGAUACGUCAGCGCCGUGACCGACAGGUGGACAGGGCGCGAAUGCGUGUGCCGCCGACGCCGCUGGCGCCGCCCCGCCUGCGUGUGUACCGCCUACCGCCGCGUGAGUGACGCGUGCCACGACGACGGGUUGGCAGCGGUCUUGACGCUGGGGAGAGAUCUUCGCAGGGAGUUAGAUGCCAUCGUCUUAAACAGUGACGGCGAUGCGAACAGGGAUACCCGAGAGCCCACGGCGGAGCUCUACGUGCUGUCGGUAGAGCCUACCAGAGCCGACGGCGAGUCCUCGGAGGGAGCUCGGCGGAGGGAACGUGCGCAGGCCACCGACCGCGCCAUACGCCGGUUCCAGGUGGUGUGUGGGGGGGAGCUACGCGCGCUGUUGCUUCGCGCGCCGCAGUUGGACAACCCGUCGCCGCCCACCACGGUCCACACGCAGGUGGACUACAAACACUGCCUGGUGCCCGACCUACAGGAGAUUACGGCCUGCUCGUUCUAUUGGGGCAAGAUGGACCGCUACGAGGCCGAACGGCUGCUGGACAACAAGCCGGAAGGCACGUUCCUGCUACGCGACUCCGCGCAGGAGGAGCACCUGUUCUCGGUGUCGUUCCGCAAGUACGGGCGCUCGCUGCACGCGCGCAUCGAGCACUACCAGCACCGGUUCAGCUUCGACUCGCACGACCCCGCCGUGUUCGCCGCGCCCACCGUCACCGGCCUCAUCGAGCACUACAAGCAGGACCCCGCGUGCGUGAUGUUCUUCGAGCCGAUGCUGACGGCGCCGCUUCCGCGGAACUCGCCCUUCGCCCUCCAGCAGUUGGCGCGCGCCGUCAUCGUGUCGCACGUCAACUACGACGGCGUGGAGCAAUUGCCGUUGCCGUCCCGGCUGCGCGCCUACCUCAAGGAGUACCACUACCGGCAGCGCGUGCGCGUCCGCCGCCUCGAGCCGGACGCGUACGAGCCGCAGAUGUAGCAUAUGUACUACAUCCCGCGCAUCCGCUACAAGAGCGGCCUCUGGUGCGUGGUGCACGAGAACCAGUAAGCGCGCGGCGGC